GUGCAGCCGCCGUGCUUGCGGGUUGCGGCCCUGCCUCUCUCCUCUCCGGCUCUCCCACCGGCCACCGGCCACCGGCCGCCACCGUCGCCGCCAUGCCUUUUCGAUUCCAGUUCCCAUGGCUCAAGAACCCAACUACAAACGGCGGCACCUCCAACAUAGACACUAACCCUAGCCCCCGCUUCCCCAACCCCUUCCUCCCUAUCCAAGCCCAUGUCACCUCCUUCCUCUCCUCCUUCCCCCGGGCGCUCCCGCCGCCGCCGCCCUGGGCGCGCAUCACCUCGCCAGCCUCCACCUCCGGGGCCCUACCUACCUCUGAGAUCGAGGAGCGGCUCGCCGGGGUGCCCGUGUACGCGCUCGCCAACGCCGCCCAGGAGUUCGUGCUUGUGUCGUCCACACGCGUGGGAGGGCAAGGGGGCGAGAGCGUGAGUCCAACGCAGGCGCUCGGGCUGCUCUGCUUCCGGAAGGAAGAUGCUGACGCGCUGCUGGAGCAGAUGGAUGGCGAUAUGCGCGCCGGCUCUGGUGUCGUUCCUGUCGCGCUGAACAAGGUUAUCCAAAUGAAGUCGGAUGGUGUGGCGUUUAGAUUCCUCCCUGAUUCAUCUCAGGUGGCUAAUGCAAUUAAGUUGAUGCAAGAUGAAGGACUGUAUGCCGGAGAGGGAUUUCCAGGAGUGCCAGUUUUUCAGUCAAGGAGCCUGGUCUUGAUGAGUGACAACAAGAGAUAUCGUCCAGUUUUUUUCAGAAAGGAGGACUUGGAUAACUCACUGCACCGGACCUCCCGUGAUCAGCAAAAACCUAAUCCUGCUGUUAGGUUUGGUGACACUCAGGUUUCUUCUUUGGAAGAUAUCAUUAAAUCUAUGAAGGAUAGCUCCUCCUCAAAAUGGGAUGAUGUUGUAUUUAUUCCUCCUGGAUUUGACCUUGCUACUGGCUCGACACCAUCACAGCUCCGCAAGUAGUUCAUUCUUUAGAAGGUUGUUACCAGUGUUAUUCCUAGCAACAUUAUAUUUGACUGUCUGGACACUUUGAUAGUAGUACAUUAUAUAUACACAUUAUUUCUUAGACAGUGUAUGUGCUUUUGUGCCCUGAACUCGAAUUACUGUUAGUUCCUGUGUUAGAUGUAUGUAGUGUGACAUUAGUUAGCUGGAAACUGAUGUAGAAUCUCGGUAGCAUUCAGUUUUGUUAUGCCACUUAAAUUAAUACAUUUUUUGAGGCGAUAAUUAAUACCUUUCAUCUGUUAACG